CUCAUCUGGUAACAUUGCUCUAGAAUAACAUACUAUCUAGAAUAAGGUUACAAUCAAACUGAGGCCUCUGCUCCCCGAGGCUAUCAAAAGAAUCUAGGAUCUAUUUUACAUAAGUAUUGUGACAAAUUUGAGUCAAAAAACCAAUAAAGGGGAAAUUAGAAGAAGAAGACAGUAUAAACUCUGUGUGUGAAAUCCAGUGAAACUAUCUCCCACCCACGUAAUAGCUGGAAGAGAACCAUACAGACGUGGACAUUAGGCGAUUUUUGGUGUGAUUCAGGUUUAUCAAAAUAUAAAGUUCCACCUCUACCAUCUACCAAUAAUAACUUUGGUACAAACGGUCGCUAAAAAUCGCCUAUUACCCUACGAGGAUACGAGGAAAAAGGGAUAUCUACUCUCCCGUUUCUCUCUGAUGAAACAUGGAAUAAACCCCUGAAAGGACAGGCUGGAAGCACUCUUUUAUUAUCAUCCGGCGAUACACAGCAAAAAAAAAAUAGAAUAAACCCAUGGAACAUCUUUUCAUAUAUUUUUACAAAAAUAUGUUAUCUCUCCCUCAUCCUCCUUUAUAUAGUGACAAUGAUAGUCAACAUGUCGAAAGAAUACCCAUAGGCAAGGAAAAUUAUGUUGACUUCGUUCAACAAUUUGUGAAGAAUGUUCGCAGCUUUAGUUCUCAGUAUGGCGGUAAUUCUAGCAUAUCUUAUGCUGCUACUAACUUAAUUGGACCAUUUAGUCAAUUUCCGAAUUAUGGAGAUUUUGCACAAACAUUUGCCAUGAGGACUUAUGGACCAUGGUGGGACAAAGCACCUUCGAGAUCAAUUGAUUAUAUGCCACAGAAUAAUACAGGUGUUGUGAGUCAAGAUUAUAUUGAUAUUGAGUAUCAUGAAGCUGUAUAUCCAGUAAGAGUUUCUAUAUACGAAGUAUAUAAUCCUGGGAGCGUAAUUCGAAUUUGGGCUCAAGAUUUAAAAGGUCGAUGGUUUCUACUGUGGAAUGGACCGCCUCAGAUUGUUCCUCCGAUAUCACGGAUAUUUUCUCCGCCUUUACAAUUGUGUGACUUUAAAACCAAAAUACUCAGAUUAGAAUUUAACCACAGUUUAUUGAACUAUUACACCGAGAUAGAUGCUGUGAUGCUUAUUGGAACAUCAGAAUUGAUCUUCCCUAAAGAUCCAGCACACAAUCAGAGUUUAACUAAUCUGUUAAUAAGCAUUAAUUGUGACUUGCUGCUUGAAAUUCCUUGCCCUGAGGAUAUCCAUAAUUUAACACCACGUUAUCUAAAUGCACACUUGGAUAUAAGCCACCUUAAGGAGACAUUGGUUGAACAUUGCAUUAUGUGCAAAAGCGAUGUAGUAGCGAAUUUUCACGACAGUAAGCUAGCAUCUCAGCUAGGAUCUCUUUAUUAUUAUGUACCACCUCUUAAAGAGGGAUCUAAUAGUAUGCAACGCUUUUUAUCAGAAGAACUUUCAAAGUUUAUGAAAGAUGUCGGACACUCUUCAGAUGAAUCCAAGAAGCCAUCACGUUAUAGUUUUUCUGCGCUUCCUGAUGAAAUAAUAAUGAGAAUAUUAAAAAACUUGGACUUAAAGUCAUUAUGCCGUGUGAGCAGAGUGAAUAAACAUUUCAAUAAUUUAGCACAGGACCAUUUGCUUUAUACAAGUUUAAACUUAAAACCGUAUUGGUAUAUUAUUAAUACAAAGGCAUUGUAUUACUUAGCACCUAGAUGUAAAUAUUUACAACGGUUGGAUCUUUCAUGGUGUGACAAAUUUUCUGUCCCAGAUCUUGAAAAAUUUCUUGUUACUUGUGGUAGUCUCUUAACGCACUUACGAUUAAAUUGCUGCUUAUGUAUCGACAACGUCGCCAUAUUUAAAAUUUCGAGAAUAUGCAAAAAUUUGAAAGAAUUAGGUCUACGUAAUUGUGACUUGAUAAGGGACAAGGGAUUCUCAUGUCUCGAAAAUUUGGAGUUCUUGGAGUAUUUGGAUCUUUACAGGACAUAUAUAAACACUCAAACUCUUUGCAAGAUACUGCGAAGAAAUAUACGGAUGCGUCAUUUACGUAUAGGAGGCACCGACAAGAGUCUGAAUGUAGAUGAAGUUGCAAUGGAAUUAAGAAAUUCCUGUCCAGAUUUGGAAAGUAUAGAUUUAUGGAAAACGCACACUCUUACAUCGCAAGGUAUUGAUGCCCUUGCUGACUGCAAAAAUCUACGAGAAGUGGAUUUUGGUUGGUGUGGCAGUACAACUGGUCAUGGUGAUAGCUUCCGUAGAUUGUUUUCCUCCUGUCAAUACUUAGAAAAAGUCUUCCUGAUCUCUGUUAGAGGCCUCACUGAACGUGAUCUAAGAGCACUGACAUUGUGUAAAAAUUUAAAACAGUUAGAUUUGUUAGGCACGUUAUCCCUGACAGCUGAGAUAUGUCACGCAAUUUUCGUGAAUUGUCCUAAAUUGGAGAUGAUUGAUCUCAGCUUUUGUGACAACAUUGCUCAUUGCUCGAUUCGGCAGUGGCAGCAAAUAUACACACAUAUAGCCAUUAAAAGAGUAUAAUAAA